AUGGGCUUCUUAUAUUCUCAGCUGUUCGUUACGCCCCGAAUCCCAGACGGAACAGAUUUCUCCGGUCAAGUCAUUCUCGUUACUGGCGCAAACACCGGGCUGGGCAAGGAGGCUGCACGUCAUUUCGUGUCUCUUGGAGCUGCAAAGGUCAUCAUCGCUGUUCGCAACCUUGAAGCUGGCGAGCAAGCUCGUAAGGACAUCAUUAGGACCACAAAAUGUCCCGAUUCCGUUCUGGACGUCUGGAAGCUUGACUUGGGCUCAUUUUCAUCCGUGGAGUCCUUUGCAGAAAGAGCUUCGAAUUUACCUCGCCUUGAUGUCCUACUGGAGAACGCCGGCGUAGCCUCGAAUGUCCAUGCGAUUUCGGAGAAGUACGAGCGGACUAUCACAGUCAACGUGAUUUCCACGAUUCUGCUUGCCUUACUGCUUGUCCCAAAACUCAAGGAACAAGUCAGUGAACAUGGCACCACACCACGCAUCUGCAUCGUUUCUUCAGAGGUCCAUGCUUGGACAAAGUACAAGGAGCAGGACUCCAAGGACAUUUUUGCGACGCUCUCGGAUAAGCAGACUGCAAACAUGGACGAACGGUACCCGACAAGCAAAUUGAUGGAAGUCCUUCUCGUUCGUGAACUGGCUCCGAGACUCAAGGACUCGGGCAUCGUCAUGAACAUGAUCAACCCUGGUCUGUGCAAGACUGACCUGUCUCGGGACCGGAACUUCCAGGCUUUCAUGCUGAGUGUCAUGAAACUUCUGUUGGCGAGAACAUCAGAGCAGGGCAGUCGGACUUUGGUUGCUGCAGCCGCGGCUGGGAAGGAGAGUCAUGGUCGAUACAUGACGGAUGCGUUGGUGGAUGACGCUGCGCUGUCGCCGUUCGUGAGAAGUGAGAAGGGUGCCGAGGCUGGCAAGGAACUGUGGCGGCAAUUGCAGCCCAUCUUGGAUGGCAUCUCACCAGGUGUAACCAAGAAUGUGGACGCAUGA